AUGCACGGCUACUCGUCGUCGUCAGACUCGGAAGACGACUAUCCCUACACCAAGCCCAAGAGCGUCGCGCCCGCGACCACCACGACGAACGAUGCCAACAAGAAGAAGAAGAAGCGAAAGCUGCCGCCGCAGCAGACCAUCAACCGCAUCUGGAAGCGCUUCAGCAACAAGCGGUUCGCCAAGGCCCUCGCCGUGCUGCCCUUCGACCCCGUGCUGCCGCCGACCAUCUCGGACCGCUCCAACGAGCUGCUGAGCGCCGGCUACGAGCGCGCCGCCGAGGAGUGCCGCCGCAAGGUCCGAAAGAUCAUCCAGGAGUGCCGCCGCGUGAACACGCGGUACCGCGACCCGGGCUGGGACAUUGACUGGGACCUCAAGAUGGGCAAGGGCCACUGCCUCAACAGCCUCGGCCGCACCAAGUUCGACCUGAGCAUGUCGACCAUGAUGAACCCGAGCGCAAUCGUGCCCAAAGCGGUCAAGCGCGUCCACGAGAUCUUCGAGAAGCCGACCUUCAUGGCCAACGUCAGCGGCUCCGACGUCAAGCAGGGCAGCCUCGGCGACUGCUGGCUGAUGGCCAGCCUGUCCGGCCUCGCCAACGUCAAGGACGGCAUCCGGCGCAUCUGCGUCGAGUACGACACCCGCAUCGGCAUCUACGGCUUCGUCUUCUACCGCGACGGCGAGUGGAUCUACUCCAUCAUCGACGACAAGCUGUACCUCAAGUCGCCCUGCUGGGACUCGCCCAGCAUGCAGCGCGACCUGCUGCAGCAGAUCGACCGCGAGGACGUCGAGCGCGUCUACCGCCAGACCUACCAGACCGGCUCCAAGGCGCUCUUCUUCGCCCAGUGCAAGGACCAGAACGAGACCUGGGUGCCGCUCAUCGAGAAGGCCUACGCCAAGGCCCACGGCGACUACGCCUCGCUGGCCGGCGGCUGGAUCGGCGAGGGCCUCGAGGACCUCUCGGGCGGCGUCACCACGGAGCUGCUCGCCUCCGACAUCCUUGACCUCGACGGCUUCUGGGAAAACGAGCUGAGCAAGGUGAACGAGGAGUUCCUGUUCGGCUGCAGCACCGGCCUGCUCGAUGGCGGCUACGGCGACCGCGACGGCAUCGAGGAGGGCCACGCCUACGUCGUCAUGGAGGCGCGCACGCUGCGCAACGGCACCCGCCUCGUCAAGCUGCGCAACCCCUGGGGCAAGACCAAGAAGGGCAUCUGGGAGGGCGCCUGGUCCGACGGGUCCAAGGAGUGGACCACCGAGGUGCAGGAGGAGCUCGGCCACCAGUUCGGCAGCGACUCGGUCUUCUGGAUCUCGUACGAGGACCUGCUGCGCAAGUACCAGCACUUCGACCGCACCCGCCUCUUCCGCGACCCGGACUGGCGCUGCUGCCAGCGCUGGAUCGGCGUCGACGUGCCCUGGAAGCCGCAGUACCACGAGAAAUUCCACAUCAAGCUGACCCGCGAGACCCCCCUCGUGCUCGUGCUGAGCCAGCUCGACAACCGCUACUUCAAGGGCCUGCACGGCCAGUACUCGUUCCGCCUGCAGUUCCGCCUGCACGAGCAGGACCGCCCGGACCCGGAGGACUACAUCGUGCGCAGCCACGGCAACUACCUGAUGGACCGCUCCGUCUCCAUCGAGCUGCCCAGCAUGCUGCCCGGCACCUACAGCGUCUUCAUCAGCGUCGCCGGCGAGCGCAACCCGGACGCGCCCAGCGUCGAGGAGGUCGUCAAGCGCGAGUGCAAGAAGCGCACCGAGAACGAGAAGCUCGCCCAGGUCGGCUACGCCUACGACCUCGCCCACAGCAAGGCCGCCGCCCACCUCGAGGCCGUCAAGAAGGCGCGCAAGCGGGCCGACCAGAAGAAGGCCAGCGAGGCCCGCGUCGCCGAGCGCCACCGCCUGUGGGAGAAGCGCCACCUCAACCGCCAGAUCACCAAGAAGCAGGGCCGCAAGAACAACCAGAAGCUCGAGGCCAAGCAGGCCGCCCGCGAGGAGAAGCGCCGCCAGGCCGAGGGGCUCAAGCCCAAGGACCAGGGCCAAGCCCCGGCCGAGGCGCAGUCCAAGGAAGAGCCCCCGCAGGACGCCGACAAGGACGCCAGCAAGGACGCCGACAAGGACGCCGACAAGGACGCCGACAAGGACGCCGACAAGGACGCCGACAAGGACGCCGACGCUGACGACUCGUCGCCCGACGCCACGCCGAUCCCCACGCCAGCCGAGACACCCACGAUGGAGAAGACUGAGGAAAAGACUGAGGGCAAGACUGAAGACAAGACUGAAGACAAGACUGAGGACAAGACUGAGGACAAGCCGGCGGAGAAGACCGCGGACGCGUCCUCGGCCGGCUCCGAGUCCUCCGGCAGCCCCAGCCCCACGCCCAAGAGCGGCUCGUCAGCCACGGCCCCGUCCGACGGCAAGGACAAGGUGCCGGUGCCGCCCGCCGACGCCGCCAAGGUGUCCGGCCCGCCGCCGCCGCCGCCCGCCAAGUCGUCGCCUUCGCCACCGCCGCCGGCGAAGAAACCGCCGAACAUGUACGUCACGUCGGACGGCGAGUCGAGCGCGUCGCCGAUCGAGGACUGGGAGGAGCUGUACAGCAGCGACGACUUCUCGCGCAAGCCGCGCAUGGCGGCGUCGGCGGCGUCCAACACGGCGGCGGCGAGCAAGUACCGCGACGACACCGAGGACGAGAACGAGCCGGACCCGUGGAACGCCAUCUGCGUGGUCGGGCUGCGCGUCUACUCCAAGGACGAGGGCCUCGAGCUGCGCGUCGUCAUGGAGGGCGGCGAGCUCCUGGAGGGCGGCAUGGGCGAGAAGGGCGGCGUCGACCUCGACAACGCGCAGGCCAACGCCGGCGGCGCGCGGACCGCGCGCAAGGAGGGCGGCAAGAGCAGCGGCGGCGAGACCGACCGGGAGACAGAUAAGGACAAGGCCGGCGACGGGCUGGCGCCGUACCCGGUCAUCGUGCAAAAGGGUAAGGGCGACGAGGAGUACGAGACCGCGCUCGAGUCGCAGCGCGAGUCUUGA